CAUCGCCACCACCAAUCGCCAAGCCGCCUUGCCUUCGCAUAUCAGCUCUAUUGACAAGGCUAAGGUUAGCAGUCGAGUUCAUCGCAUUGAAGAUUCAAAUGUGAGCAAUGCAGCUCGUGAACUAGAAGAGGUCGUGGUAACUACUAGAUGUGCUGGCACGACUUCCUUCUCUACCUCAACUACUACUAUGAACACUACUCUAAUCGUUAAUCUUGUAGCCACACCAAAGGACGUCAAUUCUAGCAUACCUCUUGCAACCUCUGCAAAUGUCUCCACUUUUCCUUGUCCUACCGGAACCACCGUGAUGUCCACUUCCCCACUUCGGCCACUGAAGCGGGCCAGUCGAUCUGUUGGCCAUAGAUUAGCCGCAGGCUUUGAUCACACACUAACUAGUGGCUGUUCCGAUUUGCACUAUCCAGCUUACUCUGUCUACUCAAACUCUCAUAAUCAGAAGACAAAUCAAACUGGUUCGACAGGAAUGGCCUUAGCAUCGUCAUUUGCUGGCGCAUCCUCUUUUCAUGAUGCACUAACUAUGCCAUUAUUGCGCCAGUCGCAACCACUUCUAACGCGGCCUGCUCUGAAUGAUAUGACACGUGUUGGACUGAGCUUGGGUGUGAGUGAUAAUAACUGGGAGCGGCAACUGCAGAGGAAGCAUCUCCAUUCGGCUUGGCCAGACGCGGAACCAGAACUAGUUGAGAUUUUGGCCAAUCACACAGAUCCUUACAGGUCAGUUGUGUUUUGUCGUACGUUAGUGCGCAAAUCUUCUAUUUGA